AUGUCAGAAACUUGUAUCGUCUGUUUAGGAGACUUGGGCACUGCUGGUGGCCAAGUUCCAGCUCCCCUCAUCAGCCCAGCCAAGUCUCCACCAACCAACACCGACGCUGCGGCCCGCGUCACGAGCAGCCCCCGUCUCCAAGAUGCAGCCAACUCCACAACAUCGGCCAUCAAAGACUCUGACGAGUUGAUCGCACACCUACGUCCCUGCGGACAUUAUCUUCACAAUGGGUGCCUCACACCAUGGGUGGAAAGGGCAAACAGCUGCCCCAUUUGUCGCGCCAGUUUCCAUCUCGUCGAGUUGAUGCACAAAAUCAAUGGCGACGUUGUAUCCUCCUAUGCCGUCGAAGACCGAACCCAAGUGGCCGAACUAGACCCUUCCAUGUUCCUGGAGAUUCCCGAGGAAGAGGAUGAGGACCAACCAUGUCAAGCAUGUGGCGAAGAUGACAACGAAGACGUUCUCAUGUACUGUGAUGGUUGUCAGAAGCUGUGGCACACAUACUGUGUCGGUCUACAAGAGGUACCUUAUGGCCACUGGUUUUGUGACAACUGUAGGGCCCAGCGGGAACUGGACCCUCGCCAGGUUUCCCGAUCGAGUCGUCAGAGCCGCAGACGAACCAGAGGUCAGCAACGUCGACAGCGCGGCCAUGAAUCAAGCUGGAAUCAGGUCUGGCAGACCGUAUGGUCACGCAUCAACCUCGAUCUCGACUUCCCAUAUGAAGACGACGAAUCAUCAGCCAGCUAUUUGAGACGCCAUCGCCAACGAAGCCAGGCCAACCGACAAGCUCACGACGCUUGGUUGCGCCGAAUGCAGGUUGCCGAACUUCACGGAGCCGCCAACCGCUUCAGAGACACGGAGCCAACCCUUCCCAGCAGCCCACGAGUUGAGAUCUCACCUAGAAUUCGACGAGCAAGAGAAUCUCCACAUCCAGCCGAGAGCGCUGACGAACUUUUGGCAUGGAAUGCAUUUGAUCAAGCACGAGCUUCAUCAAACGGUCCCAGCACUACUCGCAAGCGGAAGCGAAAGUCCGCAACUUCUUCCCCAGCAGAGCCUGACAGCGAACCUUCUUCCGCGAGCAAACGACGGCGACCCAGUGCAUCUACUCGUGCCUUGUCCGAGAGUCACGCCCCAACCGCAAUAAAUUUCCGGCGCAGGCAGCCGACACGGGUCACUAGCCCUCUUCCACGGAGGCAGCCUUUGAUGGAUCCAGCAGGGCCCAGUUUCCUUCAAUCACUGUUACAAGAAGUCGAGGACUCGGGUUCUGGCAGCCAUAGCUUGAACCUUACUCGCCCUUCACCUCACCCUGCAGCAAGUCCCUCAGCAGACCAAGGUUCACCACGACCAUCUUCCCCAGCUCUGUCUCCUCUGCCCUCCAAUCAUUCUUCACCCCGUGCUCUUUCUGCGACUCCACCGCCUCUGCCGGGGACUCUGAGGCCGUCCUCGCCGAGUGGCUUGUCGUCGAGCAUCCAGCCUAUCUAUCCAUCCAUUGAAUAUACACUUCCUCGACCGCAUCCGUCGGAUCGGAUACCCCGGAUUCUUGAGAAUAGCCAGAGCAGCGCUGUGCGAACUCGCUCGACUGAAGCUUCUCCGGCAAGGAGGAAUGGGAGCCAUGUUAAUCGUCCACGCUCAAGCGAGGGCUCUCCAACAGCCGCUGUGAUGUCCUUGACUGCGAAGGAAGACGUGCAGAAGCUCGUGUCCUCUGCUCUCAAACCACAUUUCCAUGAUCAAACCAUUACGAAGGACGAAUACACAUCGAUCAAUCGCGACAUCUCGCGCAUGCUCUACGACAAGAUCGGGGACUUCGAAGCACUUGAUGUAGACGACAGGUCAAAGUGGGAGAAGAUUGCAGGCGAUGAGGUGAAUAAGGCCGUCAGUUCUCUUAAGGCUCAAGGCUGA